GAGAGAGAGAGAGAGAGAGGAAAGUAGAAGUCGACGGAUAAGAGUAACAAGACUUAGUUGGAAAUCUGACAUCUUUGAAAGUCAGUCUUUUCUGCGGAUGUUUCCAAAAUAUUAAGAUAUAUAUAUAUUUUUAAAGUGUGACAAGCUACAAGAAAGAAAAAAGAGAGAUAAAUACGCAGAAUGAACCUACAUCGAGUGAGCUACGUCGUUUUCUUCCUCGCAGUCGCCAUUACCGUUGAGGGAUCGGUGAGUUUCCAGGAUAGAACAGUCACACUGACCUGUCCAAAUGUGGAUGAGGAUUCAGAUUUGAAAUGGAAAAAAGACGGAAAGUCUAUUAAUGAUCAAAAACAAGUUACUUUGAGCCUAUCUGAUUACACCGACAAGAAUGAUGGAUUAUACUCCUGCACUAGUCAAGAGAGCGCAGAGGAAAAAACUCAUUACUUCUACAUCAAAGCCAAGGUGUGUGAUGGGUGUGUUGACCUGGACAUGACUUUGGCGUUGGUGGUGGUAUUUGCAGACGUGCUGCUCACACUCGUGAUCGUGUUAGCAGUUUAUUACUGCACUAGGAAGAAUGCUGGAACCGCUGGUCCUCAGAGACCAACACAAGCGCGUCAAGGACGAGCUCAAGCGAGAGGACCGCCACCUCCUGACCCUGACUAUCAGCCUCUGAACCCGACCACGCGUUCAGGUGAUGUUUACGCCACGGCACAUCGGCGAUAGUGGACUUCUAGUCGACGGACCAUAAUUAUAAUCAUCAUGUUGCAUUUAUCACACACACACACUCAAUUAAACAAAUCAAACUUUUAAUUAAUUAAUCAAACCCUUUUUUUUUUUUUUAAAGAAAUAGGUACAUACCAGACACAAACACACACACUGAACAUAAUAUAAGCCUGAUAUACAGUAUACUGAUGAUAUAAUGAAUUUAAAAGUUUCAUAAUUUAUCUGACUGAAUAAUAACCACCAAAAUAUAAAUAUUUAAUAUAUGAAUGAAAUAUUUCCUCCUCUCUGUUGCGGAUUGUGUCACUAAUUAACACAAAGAAAAGAAAGAAAACAUUCUGCAACUCCAUUUUUUUAAAGCGUUUUUAGCAAGUAGUGAACAGAGAUGUAUGUAUCUUUUCCCACAUCCUUGGUGUAGCUUCAGAUUUCUGUUUAUUUCCGACUUAUAUGUUAUUAAGUUACUGUUGCUGUUAGCUGAGAACAAAUCACUUGGAAAUGGUUUCAUAUUUUACUGUGUAGUUAGAGAUCUGAGACUCAAAUGAGAUAACAAAUGCUUGUCAGGUCAGUUGUACAUAUGCUUUAUUUCAUCUAGAGGACGUAGUGUGGCUUAUGACUUAAAUAAAGCACAUCAUUCUCUGCAAUUAAAAAACAUUUCCUGUAGUUUAUAAUAUUUAGGACAACAAACUGUUCCUGUAUUUCUGUUUGUAAGUUUUUCCGUUUUUUAUUUCCAUUCAGUAAAUUUCAUUUUCGUUUACCUUAAACUGUGAGGUGAUGGUCAUAGUUCAGGCUACAAGACGUUGCCUUUUUUAUUUUGAGCUUUAUAGAAAUCUUUGUAGAAAUACCUUUAAAUAUUUUUGUAUUUAUUUGCAUGCCUUGUUUUAAAUCCAUUCCAUAUUCUCUGUUGAACAAAGGAAUAUAUUUUAAAGGCUUCGAUUUCUUGUGAUAAAGUUACUGGAACAUUCUUCCAAGUAAUACCCAAAUGCAUAGCAAUGUUAUAUUUACAAGUCAUUACAAGCAUUUCUAUUUCUUUCUGUAAAUGCACAUAAACUGUCGCUACAUUCAGGUUCCUUUUCCAUUAUGUUUAGUUUUAGUUUAGCUAACGAAAAGACGUUUACAUUUCUGAUUAUGAUCCUUUGAGUCACACGCACCAUAUUUACUAGAAAUGAGCUGGAAAUAUCAACGUGACUGAUUCUGUGGGAUGUCAGGUUUCUGUUUUACGACUUGUUUUUAAGCACAUCGCUGUUCCGAACCAAUCAGACGGGCUGACUCAUGGAGAUGUCAACUUUUUUUUUCCCUCAUAUGUGUGCCUGGUCAUAUGCCAGCUGUUCUAUAUCAUAUGUUUGUUUUGUGUGUCUUAAAUGCUGUUUUUUUGUUAGAAAUUUGUAAAAUAAAGUUGCGGUUAAACACAG